AAAUUGCUUAAAAAAAACUUUUUUCCGUUUUAAAUGGAAGAUGAAGCCAUUGUUCGCUGUAUGCGACACUGUAGCAAUGAUUACAAUAUAUUUUAUGUUAAUUUUCCAGAGUUUUGUCCAAUUUGCAAGGGUAAAAUUAGAAAUUCGUUCAUGGCGUUGCCGCCAUUUUGUGUUCCUUGUCCAUUCAGUUCAAGCUCCCGGACGCCAUAUAGUAUUGUAGUGAAGCCGACAGAUGGUUGCUUUUUGAAGACGUAUCAAAGUGGACAUGACUUGCACAUAGGCUUGACUUCCUCGAAAGGCUUGGUUUAUAACUAUGAUGAAGGUGGUGUCCACGUUGAUAGCAAUCUCAAAUGGUCAAUUUGUCUAGCUGUAAAUAUUUUAGAAAUUUUAAAAGGUUGUUCCAGCAUGAUCCUAAAACACUGGGACGAGAGAUUGUGUGAAUAUAGCAACAAAUCAAAAUGGACUUAUGACAAGUACAAUCCAACACUAAACAAUUGUUAUGAUUUCGUCCUGUCGUUUCUCCAUGAAAGCUUUCCAGGAUGUCAAGCGGAUUUCGUGAACAAAGAAAACUUUUGCAAGGCAUAUAUUCUACCGAGAACAACAAAGGCUGCACAGUAUAUUGAUUUGUACAGAAAAGUGGUAGAAAACAGCUUUGUAGUGAGCACUGUAAACUGAGAACGAAACAUGAACACGUCCAACAA